AUGAAGAGCCAACAAUCCAGGAAACACAGGGAGCGCAGCACCGGACGUAACAAGCACCGUUCGAAGCAAGGACCGAAGAUGGUCGACACCGGGGCCGAGACGACGCUGCUGUCAUUCCGGUUGGUGCGCCGUGGCUUCGUACUUCAGACGAAGGAGUUCUUCGACAACUCCACGCUGCACGGUGUCCGCUACAUCGCCGAGGACGGCCGGCCUUUCUUCGAGCGCUUCAUGUGGUUCUGUUUUGUUACGUUUGGUUUCAUCGCGGCCGUCGUCAUCAUUUUCAGUCUGUGGGAAAAAUUCCAGACCAAUCCGACCAUCACCGGGCUGGACACCGACUUUCACAACCAGCAGGUCAUCUUCCCCACGGUGCUGCUCUGCCCGACCGCACCCUUCGACGACGAGGCAGUACACCGGGUCGCUUACCAGGUGCUUGGUGGGUACGAGGACGGCAGUGACGUGUACGAACCGUUCCUCCGGCUACUGACCCAGCUGUCGUACGACAGUUUGCGCGAGGUCGCGGCCACGCUUAGCGAUCUACCGGCUGCAACCGGCACCCUCCGUACCGCCAACCUGCGUGAUCUCGUGUUCCAGGUGGCAGUGCGGUGCAAUGACACGUUUGCCGUGUGCCGGUACAAGGACGAGAACAUCGACUGCUGCGACAUGUUCAAACCGAUCUACACCGAGCACGGCUUCUGCUUCGGUUUCAAUGCCCGGUACACCAACAGCUGGAAUGUGGAAACCCUUAACACCGAAGUGCACGUGCUGUUCGAGACGGACAAGAAGUGGGGCCUCACGUUCGAGCCACUUCGCGAGUCGCACAUCUUCGUGCAUUCAUACAACGAAAUUUCUGGCUGGGAUUUUCAACCCCAGGUGCUGUGGGAUAUUGACUCGAAGGUCGAGUUUCUCAUCUCGAUGAAGCAAACGUAUACGACCGAUGACGCGCAGCAGCUAUCAAUCGGCCAGCGGAAGUGCAUAUUUCCUGAGGAGGAGAAGCUGCAAUUUUACCAGGACGCGUACACUUUCUCUGGCUGUAUGAAGGAGUGCCGGAUCGCCAAGAGCCUGCAGUUCUGCAAAUGCGUACCGCCGUUUUACGCACCCAUCCGCUCGAUACCUAUUUGCCGGGUCGCCAACCUACCCUGCCUAAGCGAGUACACGGACAACAUCACUAACAUCCACAGCUGCCAGAGCUGCGAACUCGGCUGCCUCAACACCGUGUACGACAUCGAGAAGUACUCCAAGAUCAUAAGAACGGAGGAGGAGCAACAAGAAGCGCAGGUCACGAUCGAGUAUCUGACCUGGCCGAUCAUACGCUACAAGCGCGAGGUGCUGUUCGGCUGGGUCGACCUGCUAGUGUCGUUCGGUGGAAUAGCCGGCCUGUUUCUCGGCUUCAGCCUCCUGUCCGGCGUCGAGAUAAUCUAUUUCUUCACUAUGCGCACCUUUUGUAUGGUUCACAAGAACCGCGACGAGCUGGUGGCAAUCGAGCGACAGAAGAGCAUCAAAGCGGUACGACACAUCGAGCUCGGUCUACGGCCUGUGCAGCGACAGCGGCAGCAGCAACAUACCCAAACGGAUAGGGCAGACCAGAAGCGGGUACAGGAGCAGCAGAUGCUUAUCAAACUGAUCUCACACGAUGCCAAGCUGCUGUUAAGUAAUCGAAUGGAACAUUUCAACGCACAUCAGUACGCGAAGAAGCGGAUGCCGCCUCCCGCACACCGCGUCAGAUCAGACGAGCAAGUGUCGGCACGCGGAACCGUACACGACAGCUACGUUUACCAUGGUUUUUUGCCCUGA